AUGACUUGUGGUACUUUACCAAAACCUCAGAUGUGUGGCCUUCUGGCCAAAUGCCUGCAGUUUCAUAUUGUUGGAGCAUUCAUUGUAUCCCUGGGGGUUGCAGCUUUCUAUAAGUUUGCUGUGGCUGAACCAAGAAAGAUGGCAUAUGCAGAUUUCUACAGAAAUUAUGAUUCCAUGAAAGAUUUUGAGGAGUUGGGGAAGGCUGGUAUCUUUCAGAGUGCAAAGUGAUUUGGGAAUAUAAAGAA